AGGGCUUGGCGGCGUAUCCGCGACUAAAAAAAUAGCUUCCCCCUCCCCAGUCAGACUCCCCUCCCAGCUGCAGCAAGCCUAGCCUAGAGCUCGGCCGGGGCCAGCCCUAAGGGAAUUGCAGCUGGGAGCCUCAGGCGAGGGGCGGAGGGGGAGCUCACCUGCUGCUCCCUGAAGUGCUUCCCCCUCCCAGCCCCGCCUCUACCUUUCUCUGAAGACCCUUUCCCCACCUCCCUUCCGCUGCACGCUUGCCCCCCAGAAGUAACUUUUGUACUCUGGCUUCGACCCCGGGUCCUCUGUGCCAGAGGCUGUGCCUAGCCCGAGCCUGGGGGCUGCUAAGAGGGUUGGCUGCUUCUCGCCAGAGUCCCACUUUGUUCCUGGGCUUGGUUUGCAUCACCCCCAUAACCCCCUCGGUUUCGAGGAACCUGCCCCGCUCCCUCUCAGUCUAGGCUUCCGGCUGGUGACUAUUUCCCCCCACUCUCUACCUUUCAUCCUCUCUCAUUAGACCUCUUCCUUUUAUUUUUUCCCCUCUUCUGGUUUUUUUUUUUCUUUAAUUUAAUUUAAUUUAAUUUUUUCCCUUUCUCUGGGGAAGGAUGGUUGACUUGGAGAGCGAGGUUCCCCCUCUGCCCCCAAGAUACAGGUUUCGGGAUUUGCUGCUAGGGGACCAAGGGUGGCAGAACGACGACAGGGUACAAGUUGAAUUCUACAUGAAUGAAAAUACAUUUAAAGAGAGGUUAAAAUUAUUUUUCAUCAAAAAUCAGCGAUCAAGUCUAAGAAUACGCUUGUUCAAUUUUUCCCUCAAGGUAUUAAGCUGCUUAUUAUAUAUAAUUCGAGUACUUCUGGAUCCUCCACCACAAGGAAAUAAAUGGUAUCAUAUCUUUUGGGUGACAAGAUGUCUACCAUUAUGGGGCUUACAGGUUUCAGUGGCUUUGAUAAGUCUCUUUGAAACAGUGUUACUUGGUUACCUGAGUUAUAAGGGAAAUUGGAUCCAUUCAAGCUGUAUCCUGUAUCAUGGUAUAGAGGGAAACAUCUGGGAACAGAUUUUACGCAUACCUUUCAUCCUGGAAAUCAUUAAUGCUGUCCCCUUCAUCAUCUCAAUAUUCUGGCCUUCCUUAAGAAAUCUAUUCAUCCCUGUCUUUCUAAAUUGUUGGCUUGCCAAACAUGCUUUGGAAAAUAUGAUUAAUGAUCUUCAUAGAGCCAUUCAGAGGACACAAUCAGCAAUGUUUAAUCAAGUUUUGAUAUUAAUAUCUACAUUACUUUGUCUUAUCUUCACCUGUAUUUGUGGAAUUCAGCAUCUUGAGCGAGCAGGGAAGAAACUGACUCUCUUUGACUCCCUUUACUUCUGCAUUGUGACCUUUUCAACAGUGGGCUUUGGGGAUGUCACACCUGAGACGGCACUCUCCAAGCUUUUCGUUGUCAUUAUGAUCUGUGUUGCUCUUGUAGUCUUACCCAUACAGUUUGAACAACUGGCCUUUUUGUGGAUGGAGAGACAGAAGUCUGGUGGAAACUACAGUCGUCACAGAGCUCAGACAGAGAAGCAUGUUGUCCUGUGUGUUAGUUCCCUGAAGAUUGAUUUACUUAUGGAUUUUUUAAAUGAGUUCUAUGCUCAUCCAAGACUACAGGAUUAUUAUGUAGUAAUUUUAUGUCCAACUGAAAUAGAUGCUCAAGUUCGAAGAGUCCUUCAGAUUCCUAUGUGGUCACAAAGAGUCAUCUACUUACAAGGUUCAGCCCUGAAAGAUCAGGAUCUAUUGAGAGCAAAGAUGGAUGAUGCUGAGGCCUGUUUCAUCCUAAGUAGUCGGUGUGAAGUUGACCGGACAUCAUCUGAUCACCAAACAAUUCUGAGAGCUUGGGCAGUUAAAGAUUUUGCUCCAAAUUGUCCUUUGUAUGUGCAGAUAUUGAAGCCUGAAAAUAAAUUCCACAUCAAAUUUGCUGAUCAUGUUGUCUGUGAAGAGGAGUUUAAGUAUGCCAUGUUAGCUUUAAACUGCAUAUGCCCAGCAACUUCUACUCUUAUCACAUUAUUGGUCCAUACCUCUAGAGGACAAACAGCACCCUGGGAACUUUUUAAGCAACUAACUGGAACCAAGCAGACUUUAAACAGAGAGGGCCAGCAGUCACCUGAACAGUGGCAGAAGAUGUAUGGAAGAUGCUCUGGUAAUGAAGUGUACCACAUUAUCAUGGAAGAAAGUACAUUUUUUGCUGAAUAUGAGGGAAAGAGUUUCACAUAUGCCUCUUUCCAUGCACACAAAAAGUUUGGCGUCUGUUUGAUUGGUGUUAGGAGGGAAGAUAAUAAAAACAUCUUGCUAAAUCCAGGUCCACGUUACAUUAUGAAUGCUACAGACACAUGCUUUUACAUUAAUAUCACCAAAGAAGAAAACUCAGCAUUUAAGAAUCAAGACCAACUGAGAAGAAACAAUGCAUCAAGGUCAUUUUAUCACGGCCCUUCUAGAUUACCAGUACAUAGUAUAAUUGCCAGUAUGGGAACUGUGGCUAUUGACUUACAAGACACAAGUUGUAGAUCUGCAAGUGGUCCUAACUUGGCUCUUCCUCCAGAGGGGAGCAAAGAAACCAGGAGACCUAGCAUAGCUCCUGUUUUGGAGGUUGCAGACACAUCAUCAAUUCAAACAUGUGACCUUCUAAGUGAUCAAUCUGAAGAUGAAACAACACCAGAUGAGGACAUUUCUACCAAUUUAGAGUAUGCUAAAGGCUACCCCCCUUACUCUCCAUAUAUAGGAAGUUCUCCCACUUUUUGUCAUCUUCUUCAUGAAAAAAUUCCAGUUUGCUGUCUAAGAUUAGACAAGAGUUGCCAACAUAACUAUUAUGAGGAUGCAAAAGCUUAUGGUUUCAAAAAUAAACUAAUUAUUGUUGCAGCUGAAACUGCUGGAAAUGGAUUGUAUAACUUUAUUGUUCCUCUCAGGGCUUAUUAUAGACCAAAGAAAGAACUUAACCCCAUCGUCUUGCUAUUGGAUAAUCCGCCAGAUAUGCAUUUUCUGGAUGCCAUCUGUUGGUUUCCAAUGGUUUACUACAUGGUGGGCUCUAUUGACAACUUAGAUGACUUGCUUAGGUGUGGAGUGACCUUUGCUGCCAACAUGGUGGUCGUGGAUAAAGAAAGUACUAUGAGCGCUGAAGAAGACUACAUGGCAGAUGCCAAAACUAUUGUAAAUGUGCAAACUCUCUUCAGGUUGUUCUCAAGUCUAAGUAUUAUCACAGAACUCACUCACCCAGCCAACAUGAGAUUUAUGCAAUUCCGGGCCAAAGACUGUUACUCUCUUGCUCUUUCCAAACUGGAAAAGAAAGAACGGGAGAGAGGUUCUAAUUUGGCAUUUAUGUUUCGACUGCCUUUUGCUGCUGGUAGAGUUUUCAGCAUCAGUAUGUUGGACACACUUUUGUAUCAGUCAUUUGUGAAGGAUUAUAUGAUUUCUAUCACCAGACUUCUGUUGGGAUUGGAUACCACACCAGGAUCAGGAUUUCUUUGUUCUAUGAAAAUCACGGAGGAUGAUCUAUGGAUCAGAACAUAUGCCAGACUUUACCAGAAGCUAUGUUCUUCUACAGGUGAUAUCCCCAUUGGAAUCUACAGGACUGAAUCACAAAAACUUAGAACAUCUGAGUCACAGAUAUCAAUCAGUGUAGAAGACUGGGAAGACACCAAAGAUACCAAAGAACAAAGUCACCACCGCAACAACCACCGUAAUUCAACAUCUAGCGACCAAUCAGACCACCCAUUGCUGCGGCGAAAGAGCAUGCAGUGGGCGCGUCGGCUCAGUAGAAAAGUUCCAAAGCACUCUGGUAAAACAGCUGAAAAAAUAAGCCAACAGCGACUAAACCUGUAUAGGAGAUCAGAAAGACAGGAGCUUGCUGAACUGGUGAAAAACAGAAUGAAGCACCUGGGUCUCACUACAGUGGGAUAUGAUGAAAUGAAUGAUCGUCAAGGCACCCUUUCAUACAUUCUGAUCAAUCCUUCUCCUGAUACAAGACUGGAGGUUAAUGAUGUUGUGUAUUUAAUUCGACCAGAUCCUUUGGCAUACCUUCCAAACAGUGCACCCAGCCGAAAAAGUAGCAUCUGUAAUACCACUGGACCUGACACUCGAGAAGAAACACAGCUUUGAUACAACUUGAUAAUAAAAAACACUAUUUUUCUACAGAGUACCUUGAUUCCAUCAAUACUACUUCUACAGAAAAGAAAAUGCUGCUGGCAAAAAAUAAAUAGGAUAGGAUAUAAUUUAUUCUAUUCUAUUAACAAAACCCACCUUGAAUCUUAGAUUAUUUUGAAAGCUAAGUUCCAGUUACCAAUUCUAUUUUUUUCCAAUGGAUAUUUGAAAGGCAUUAAUGGAGUGACUGAAGAGCAAGAUUAAGAUACAAGAACAAAUAUGAAAUUUAUCAAGGCUUCAAUAUUGAUCCUGACUAAUACAAGCGAUUAAAAAUAUCAAAGUUUAAUGGAAGCAAAGUCAAAAUACCUAAUGUACUACACUUAGAAAAUUAUUGUUGCUUUAAAAGGCAUUAAAAUGGACCAAUAUAUGUUCUUUAAAUCUGCUAUCUCACAAAAAGAAAAUUUCCCAGCAAUGUCUAUUGCCUACAAACCCAGAAGCAAACUGCUGUGUGUGAUUGUUGUUAUCAGAAUCAUAGCUUCAGUUAGAAUACUUAUCUUCAUAGCUUUUCUGUCUGUCUUUUCCCAUGACAAUAUAUUCAUUUUGGAAUUGCACUAAAACUCUCUGCAGCAUGCCUUAUUGCUCACAUAAAGAAGCCAGGGGACAAAGAAAAGGAAAGAAAACAUGAAGCACGUGACUUUUCUUUUUUAUAAUUGUGUUAAGACCCAUUUACAUACGCAAAGAAAACAAAGAUUGAGCAGAAAAAGCCAAUGCUGGAUAGCCAUACACAGAACCUUAGAAUGGAAAUGUUAGCCUAGCUUUCUGACAGUAUACUAAACUUAUCUUCAUUUGGCUUUUGUGCUUCAGAAUUCUUCAUCUAUCUACAUAUCAUAAUUUAUUAGAAAGAAAUAGAUUGAAAUUUAAAGAGCAAAUGCAGAAUUAUUUCACUGUGCAUUUUUCUAAAAAAAUGAAAUUUGGAGUAUGUUUCAAAUUAUUGAAAGAACUCCUUUCUGUCUUUGGUAUUGAAAUAACCAUAAUGAUAAUUAUAAUAAUAAAAAUUUGUGUGGAGAAAUUUGGUUCAAUUAAUUUAAAUGACAGAUAGAUGAAUAGAAAAUUUAUUAAAUGCUUUCAAUGUGCCAAGCUGUGUGCUAAAUGUGGGGGAUACAAAUUCAAGCAAAAAAAAAGAUGGUCCUUAUCAUGGAGUUUGCAUUCUAACAGCAGGGAGGGACCAUCCCUAAAGGGGAAGGAGAUAGAAAUUGGGCAAGGAAAAGGGGAAGGUUACAUACGCAGGGGCAAAAAAUAUUGAUGAGAA